UGAGAUUAAGAUAUGACACAUGUCCGGAAAGGGGGAGAUCAUUCAGAUACACAUCGGUCAGGCUGGUGUGCAGAUAGCCAACGCCUGUUGGGAGCUCUUUUGCCUGGAGCACGGAAUUUUGGCCAAUGGAAGACUUACGCAAACACCGAUGGACGACUCAUUCCUGACAUUUUUUGAGCUCACCAGCAGCCAACCAUGCGUACAGCCUCGACUCGUUAUGAUCGACACCGAGCCCACAGUAAUAGAUGAGAUCCGCACAGGUUCCUACCGCAAUCUCUUUCAUCCGGAUACCCUGAUCUCGGGCAAAGACGAUAGUGGCAGUAACUUCGCCCGGGGCUAUAAUCUUAUGGCCAGCGAGUUGUUGGAUCGCUCCAUGAAUGCCAUUCGUCGCGUGGCCGAUCGCUGCAGGAACCUCAGGGGCUUUCUGGUCUUCCGGGCGAUUGGCGGUGGUUCCGGUUCUGGGUUAGGCACCCGCAUAAUGGAGAGACUCGUAGAUGACUUUGGCAAAAAGAUGACCGUUGUAGAAUUUCUGGUCUAUCCCUCGCCUUCGAUCUCUCCGGUUAUUGUGGAGCCCUACAAUGCCCUGCUGGCUGCCCAUUUCUCAAUGGACUGCACUGACGUCUCGUUUAUUGUGGAUAACGAGGCAUUGUACGACAUUUGUGCUAAUACCCUGAAUGUCCCUGCACCCACAUAUACAAAUCUGAAUAGAAUCAUCGGACAGGUGGUUUCCAGCUUCACAGCCUCACAGCGUUUUGGCGGAGGAUCGACCGUAAGUUUUCAGGAGCUGCAGACGAACCUUGUGCCAUAUCCGCGAAUCCACUAUCCGCUAAUCAACUACGCGCCAUUGGUUCCCGUUACGCACUCGCAGUUCGUCAAUAUGUCGACGGCCCAGCUUACGGGUCAGUGUUUCCAGAUGAGCAACCAAAUGGUGAGGUGUAAUCCAAGUCACGGCAAGUACAUGGCAAGUGUCCUCCUCUACCGCGGGGACAUAGCCCCCAAUGAGAUCAAUACGGCGCUGGAGAACAUUAAGAGGAACAGGUCUUUUAGAUUCGUUGACUGGUCGCCCACGGGCUUUAAGAUCGGCGUGAGCCCCAUGCCGCCGUAUUAUGUCCCUGGCGGGGAUCUGGCGCCCACCAAUCGCGCCUGCGUAGCGAUCUCGAACAACACGAACAUCCGGAUCGCCUGGUGCCGCCUGGUCAAUAAGUUCGACAAGUUGUACCAACGGCGGGCCUUCGUCUAUCACUAUGUGGGCGAAGGGCUGGAGGAGGGAAACUUCAACGAGGCCUCCGAGAAUAUCUGCCAGCUGGUGCACGACUACCUGGAGGUGGAUGCAUCGGCUCCUACAUCGCGUCGCGAAUCCGAUCCGGAAGAAGAGUAGAGACCAUUGAAUAUAUUGACUAUCUCCCAUUU